CACCAAACUCAAAUGCUCCACCCAUUCUUGCUUGCACAUUUGUAAGUUCCCCUAGACCAGGCUCAAGCAAAGAUACAACACCUCACUUAUAAAACAUCACCUUUAAUGCUACCACUAGAUGAGUGAGGUAGGAGACGUAUAUAGUGAGAGGAUCCAAUACUACCAUACUGUAACCUCAUCUUCGCUGAUGAGAAAGAGAUGAUGAGGGAGGGCGAUACUUGUGUUGUACUUCUGAGAAGCAAGCUCCAUGGCCUGAUCGAGAGAAAUCGUGCUCUGGAAGAGGAGAACAAACAGCUGAGACACCAAGUGAGCCGAUUAAAAGGUCAGGUCUCAUCUCUCGAAGGGCAAUAUACUGAUAAGAGGAUGCUAUGGAAGAAAUUGGAGAAUUCUGCAAUCAGCAUCAGCUAUUCCAAGGAAAAGCAGUUUGUCCAGAGCAACGAUGAUGCAAAGGAAGCCGUAGACCUCAACAGCUCAUUGUAUCACACCAGGCAGCAAUUCUCGAGAGCAACGCUAGUGAGAUCAAGGCCACCAAGGGUUCCAAAUCCACCACCCAGUCCGGCAUGCCUCCAGUCAAAUACAAAUGUGAAAAAGGAAGGAUGCAUGCCCCCUCCUCCACCACCACCUCCACCACCUUCCAAAUUGCAGAGAAGUGCAAAGGCGAUACAAAGGGUGCCAGAGGUAGUUGAGUUGUACCGAUCGUUCGUGCGGCGUGAAGGCAAAAAUGAUGCAAAGUCUGGAUCCGUGGCAAUUCCAGCAGCAACUAACAGCAGAGAGAUGAUCGGGGAGAUUGAGAACAAAUCAGCUUAUGUUUUAGCUAUUAAAUCAGAUGUAGAAAAUCAGGGCGACUUUGUGAACUUCCUCGCGAGUGAAGUUCAGAAUGCAGCAUACAGAGAGAUAGCUGAUGUUGAAGAGUUUGUGAGGUGGCUUGAUGGGGAGUUGUCAUACCUUGUGGAUGAAAGAGCAGUGCUCAAACACUUUCCUAACUGGCCCGAGAAGAAAGCAGAUGCCAUGAGAGAAGCAGCAUUCACUUAUCGAGACCUGAAGAACCUAGAAUCAGAAGCGUCAUCCUUCCAUGAUGAUAGGAGAGUGGCUACACCCAUGGCUCUCAAGCGCAUGCAAGCUCUGCAGGAUAAAAUUGAACAAGGUAUUCAUAACACUGAACGAAUAAGAGACAGUGCAAGUGGAAGAUACAAGGAUCUGAAGAUCCCGUGGGAAUGGAUGCUCGACUCCGGAAUCAUAAACCAACUAAAGAUGGCUUCCUUGAAGCUUGCAAAAGAGUACAUGAACCGCAUUGUGAACACACUGAAGUCAGAUCCAUUUGCAAAUGAUGAGGAGCUCCUUCUGCAAGGUGUCCGCUUUGCCUUCCGCAUACAUCAGCUUGCAGGUGGCUUCGACGAAGGAUGCCGUAAAGCAUUCCAAGAACUAAAGGCUUACGCAAGCAAGUCAGAGUGAUCUGAGUUCAUGCGCGUUCAAUAAAAAUUGAGAUGAUGAGAUCGCACAUAGAUUAUUAAGUUUUGCCGACCUGGCUCCAAGUGGAGCCCACCAGAUCCUGAGGAUAAUGCUGCAUUUUAUAAAGCUUAAUUUAUUAGGCAUCAGUUGCUGAUCUCCGGGAUCCAAGUUGAAGCUCUGGAAAUUCUGAGCCCAUCUUACAUAUGAGUUCGAACUAAAUUUCUACCAACA